GCCAGACAAGCCGAGCUCUGCAGACGCUUCCGUGUUUGUGUGAUCGGAGGGUCUCCGCCUGCGCUGCUUCAUUCAUUGGCGAGAGGAACGACGGGAUAAUAAGACCAGCGAGGAAAAUGCCGUACGAACUCAAGCACGUAUUUGCCAGCCUCCCACAGAUGGAGAGGGGAGUUGCCAAGGUGAUCGGUGGCGAUCCCAAAGGAAACAACUUCCUCUACACUAAUGGGAAAUGUGUCAUCAUCAGAAAUAUUGACAACCCGGCCAUUGCCGACAUUUACACUGAGCACGCACAUCAAGUGGGCGUGGCCAAAUAUGCUCCCAGCGGAUUCUACAUCGCAUCUGGAGAUGCAUCAGGAAAAAUCCGUAUCUGGGACACCACCCAGAAGGAGCACAUGCUCAAGUAUGAGUACACCCCUAUCUCAGGGAAGAUCAAGGACAUUGCAUGGACAGAAGAUAGCAAGAGGAUUGCUGUUGUCGGAGAUGGACGAGAGAAGUUUGGUGCAGUGUUCUUGUGGGACUCGGGUUCAUCAGUGGGAGAGCUUUCAGGCCAUUCAAAAUUAAUCAACAGUGUGGACAUAAGGCAGAAGCGUCCGUACCGCCUUGCUGCCGCCAGUGAUGACACCUGCGGAUCUUUCUUCGAAGGACCCCCGUUCAAGUUCAAGUUCACACUGAGGGACCACAGCCAGUUUGUCAACUGUGUCCGCUUCUCUCCGGAUGGAAAUCGCUUCGCCACAGCCGGUGCUGAUGGUCAGAUUUUUCUCUAUGAUGGAACGACUGGUGAAAGUGUUGGAACUCUUGGGGGCGAGAAGGCUCACGGUGGAGGAAUUUACGCGCUCAGUUGGAGUCCUGACAGUUCCCAGUUGAUCUCCGCCUCUGGGGAUAAGACUGUGAAGCUCUGGGAUGUUGGUGCAGGAACGGCUGUCACCACUUUUAACCUGGGCUCUGAUGUGACAGACCAGCAGCUGGGCUGCCUUUGGCAGAAAGACCACCUCCUCAGCAUCUCCUUGUCUGGAUACAUCAACUACCUGGACAAGAACAACCCUAACCGACCCAUACGGACAGUCAAGGGUCACAGCAAAUCCAUCCAGUGUCUGACGGUUCACAAAAAAGACGGGCGAUCCUUCGUUUAUUCGGGGAGUCAUGACGGACACAUCAAUUACUGGGAUGCUGAAACUGGCCAAAAUGACUGUUUCUCAGGAAAGGGCCACAGUAACCAAGUGAGUAAAAUGGUGACCAACGCAGCCAACGAGCUGGUGUCGUGCAGCAUGGAUGACACACUUCGCUACACCAAACUCGACAAGAAAGAGUACAGUGCAUCGGAUGUGGUAAAGAUGGAUUUCCAGCCCAAAAGUGUGUCUGUAGCUGGAGGAAUAUCACUGGCUGUGUGCAUCGGACAGGUCGUCUUGCUGAAGGAUAAGAAGAAGCUCUUCACAUUAGACAAUCUUGGCUAUGAAGCAGAGGUUGGAGCCCUCCAUCCUAGUGGCACCACAGCUGCAGUGGGAGGAACAGAUGGGAAAAUCCGGCUGUACUCAAUUCAAGGCAACACUCUCAAAGAUGAGGGUAAAACUCUGGAAGCCAAAGGGCCCAUCACAGACAUGGCCUACUCCAACGACGGAGCCUAUCUGGCUGUCAUUGAUGAGAAGAAAGCUAUUACAGCCUACAGCGUGCCUGAUGGAUACUCUGUAAAAAAUGAGUUUUAUGGGCACCAUGCAAAACCAGUGAGCCUGGCGUGGUCACCUGAUAAUGAGCACUUUGCUACUGGAGGGAUGGAUAUGAUGGUCUACGUUUGGACACUGAGUGAUCCAGACCGCAGGAUCAAACUUGCAGAUGCUCAUCGCUUGCACCAUGUCAGCAGCCUGGCCUGGAUAGAUGAGCACACCUUAGCCACCACUUCCCACGACGCCAGCAUCAAGCUGUGGACGAUUACAUACUGAGACGCAAGCAAUCAUUCGCACCUCCAGGGGACAAGGACUACUGGAAAAUUCAAGUGUUUUCCUUUUUUUCUUUAUUUUUUUCCUCCAAACACUGACCUGUGCCGUCUGUAAACAUUUUAACUAUGAAUGCUUCUCUUUUGGAAUGGCUUAUAAUUGAUGCAGGUAACUUGAACAUAGACACAAUGCUGGAAUAUGACAUGUAACCUUGAGUGCUUUUCAUUUGUUCAUGGACCCAAAUACACAUUUAUAAGCUCAUCAUUCCACAUCUGAUUGUUUUGAAUUGAAAUGCUUGCUUGGGAUGGGAUGGAUGUAUCCUGGUUUAAAGAAUGAACCAAAAACUUUUUUUUCCUUUUUAUUUAAUCAAACAAAACCAUAUUUGAAUGAAUUGAAACGUUUUGGUUACAUUCCUAACAUAAUCAGUAACUUCUCCCAGCUGCAGCUGUCUUUGUUUUUCUUUCAUUUUCUAAGUUUUUCCUGGAGGAAAGUGUUUUUUUUCUGCAAGUUUGAUGCUUGGGAUUCAAUAUUCUUCUUGUUGGAAUGGGGAGCAAUAAUGGAAUUCUGAAAGAACGGUGUGUGGGUGAUCAAAAAAACUGUCUGGUGGGUUUGGAGGUGCUGUGUUGUUUCUGUGCAUUUGCUUGUUUCUCUCCUUCUCUUGUUUUCUAUGUCUUUAUGCGUCUGCUUCCAUAGAGGAAGCUGUUCAUUAAUAAAAUAACUUUUUAUGCAUUUUGAUCCUCUAA